UUUCUAUGGCAAUAGCGCCUCUUCCUCCCCGGCUUUUUAGCUGUUCAGAGAGAGCACCACGUUGCUUUCGAAGAGUUGUUUUUUAUCAGUCAAAACCGUUAUUGAUAACGUUACUUGGAGGAAUUCAGACGACGGUUCGUGAGGUCCCAGUUCGGACAAAGGACUCUGAUCUGUCUUGUACUGAAGGGAGGCAGGCAGAAUGUCGGAAAAACCGACUCGAAUCGCAAUCGUCAACCAUGACAAGUGCAAGCCAAAGAAAUGUCGACAGGAGUGCAAGAAAAGUUGCCCAGUUGUUCGAAUGGGUAAGCUAUGCAUAGAAGUGACCAGCCAGUCUAAAAUUGUGUGGAUUUCGGAAUCCCUCUGCAUUGGAUGUGGCAUUUGCAUCAAGAAAUGUCCAUUUGGGGCCUUGUCUAUCGUUAACCUGCCAAGCAAUCUGGAGAAAGAAACCACUCACAGAUACUGUGCCAACUCCUUCAAAUUGCAUCGGUUGCCUAUCCCCCGACCAGGCGAAGUCUUGGGGCUGGUAGGCACCAACGGUAUCGGGAAGUCAACUGCGCUCAAGAUUCUGGCUGGGAAACAGAAGCCUAACCUGGGAAAAUUUGACGCACCACCAGAUUGGCAAGAAAUCCUGACAUAUUUCAGAGGAUCUGAGCUUCAGAAUUACUUCACCAAGAUCCUGGAGGAUGACCUGAAGGCUAUCGUGAAACCCCAAUACGUGGACCAGAUUCCGAAGACCGUCAAGGGGAGCGUUGGCUCUAUUCUAAGCAGAAAGGAUGACACCAAAACAGAAACCUCAGUCUGUAAGAUGCUCGAUCUGACCCAUCUGAGGGAACGGAACGUGGAGGAUCUGUCUGGAGGGGAGCUUCAGCGCUUUGCUUGUGCUGUGGUGUGCAUCCAGGCUGCAGAUAUUUUCAUGUUUGACGAGCCUUCCAGUUACCUUGACGUGAAACAGCGUUUGAACGCCGCCAUCACCAUCCGCUCCCUCAUCACUCCCGACAGGUACAUCAUCGUGGUGGAGCACGACCUGAGUGUGCUGGACUACCUGUCCGACUUCAUCUGCUGUCUCUACGGCGUGCCCAGUGCGUACGGAGUGGUGACCAUGCCUUUCAGCGUCAGGGAAGGCAUCAACAUCUUCCUGGAUGGCUACGUUCCCACCGAGAACCUUCGCUUCCGAGAGACGUCGCUGGUCUUCAAAGUGGCCGAGACCGCCACUGAGGAGGAGAUCAAGAAGAUGUGCCGCUACCAGUACCCCAACAUGAAGAAGACCAUGGGGGACUUCGAGCUGGCCAUCGUGGAGGGGGAGUUCACCGACUCUGAGAUCAUGGUCAUGUUGGGAGAGAAUGGCACUGGCAAGACCACAUUUAUCCGAAUGCUUGCUGGAGGACUGAAACCAGAUGGUGGAGGCGAGGUGCCCAUCUUGAACGUCAGUUACAAACCCCAGAAGAUCAGCCCCAAAUUCAAAGGAAGCGUGCGCGCACUCAUGCACGACAAGAUCAGGGACGCCUACAUGCAUCCGCAGUUCGUCACAGACGUCAUGAAGCCAAUGCAGAUCGAGUGCAUCAUCGACCAGGAUGUCCAAAACCUGUCCGGAGGAGAGCUGCAGAGAGUGGCGCUGGCUCUGUGCUUGGGCAAGCCUGCAGACGUCUAUCUGAUCGACGAGCCGUCCGCUUACCUGGACUCCGAGCAGCGUCUCAUGGCUGCCAGGGUCAUCAAAAGAUUCAUCCUCCACGCCAAGAAAACAGCUUUCGUCGUGGAGCACGACUUCAUCAUGGCCACCUACCUCGCCGACCGAGUCAUCGUUUUCGAUGGAAUUCCAUCGAGAAACACCGUCGCAAACACACCACAGACCCUCCUGGCUGGCAUGAACAAGUUCCUGUCGCUGCUGGAGAUCACCUUCCGUCGAGACCCCAACAACUUCCGACCAAGGAUCAACAAACUGAAUUCCAUCAAGGAUACAGAGCAGAAGAGGUCUGGAAACUACUUUUUCCUGGAUGACUAGCUGCAUUACAUUCCCUUUCCGUAUCAAUCUGACCAUUAAGGUGCCAUUCUACCCAUCCCUCUACAGCACCACGAAGCAAACCAUAGCCUAUACCAGUGGUUCUUAACUGGAGUAGUCUUGGGACUCACAAUUUUCCACAGACAUUACAUUGAGACCCCGUAUUUUGUUACGCUGACGGGAAACUGGCCACUUUAUUCUAGUUAUCAAAAAAUAUUAUAUAAUUUGCUGGCAUACAUACAGUAUGUUUUGUAUCAGCAAUUGUAUUUUAUGCUGAAAUACAACAUAUACAACAUAUCUGUCAACUAGUGGAAAGUGAUAUUAGCAAUGUGUCACCCUCAUGACAGUCUUUUUUUUUUCAUUACUGCAUCUUGUCUCAAUUUGGAGACUGUCCAUAAAAGAGGAAAUUAAUACAUCUUUACACCACUUCCACGACCUUCCCAGGACCCCUCUGCGACCCACUUUUGGGUCCCUCCUGACCCACCAGUUGAGAAACACUGUCUUAUGCUAUGCUGUUCAAAGAAGAGAGGACACCUUCACCUGCUGCUCAGCUGUGUGCCCAAGAAGGGGCCACAGACCAUGGACCUGAUGCUACUUAAGCCUUUACUUUUCUGUGCUCAGGCAAUGCUUUUUUCCCCCCAUGUAGAGGUGUACUUUAAUGUUUCACAAUUGAACAGUAAAAGUUCUGAACGCUAAGAA